AUGGCGAUGCUGAAAACAAGAGCACUGCGGGUUCGCCUACCUGGAUCAUUCCACCUGCAACGAUCCCUGUCCACCUCCUCCACCCAACUCGACACCCAACUCCGCCGCUCCUUCUUCUACGUACCCGCCUCCUCCCCAAAAUUCCUCUCAAAAGCCCACACAACCCCAACAGACGUAAUCGUCUACGACCUCGAAGACGGCGUAGCCCCCGACGCUAAACCCCUCGCUCGACAACAACUUCGCGCUCUCCUUUCCGAUCCGCCAUACGUUCGCCGCUUUCCUGUUUGCGGUGGUUCCAAAGAUCCCUCGCCUAUCGAAGAAGCCGAGGAAGACGCCGAUGUCGAUGUCGAUGUAGGGAGAGGCAAUGGGGGGCAAGUGGGACACAGGUUGGACGAAAACGCACAAGGGCACCACCAAAAGGAAAUCUGUAUCCGGAUUAAUGCCGUCGGAACCGGUGAGGAAAUCCGUGAUAUCGAGGCAAUCGCUCCAUACGAUUUCGACUCAAUUUGCAUACCCAAAGUCCACUCCCCGGACGAAAUCCACACAAUCCAAUCCCUCCUAACAUCCUGCCUCGGUCCGAAACGUGCUUCACAGAUCCACAUAAUAGCCCUCAUCGAAUCCGCCCGCGCAAUCCUCUCCCUCCCCUCCAUCGCCGCCUCCUCCCCAAACCUCCGCGCCCUCAUCUUCGCCGCCGAGGAUUUCUGUGCCGAUACGGGGAUCAGAAGGAGUAGUAGUGACGCCUUAGGCGGGCAUGAGUUGUUGUAUGCGCGUAGUGCGGUAGUGAUGGCGUGUAAGGCGCAUCGGUUACAGGCGAUUGACAUGGUUUGCACUGACCUGACCGAUCCGGAGGUGUUGAGGAGGGAGUGCGAACAAGGCUCCGCGAUGGGGUUUACGGGGAAACAACUCAUCCAUCCAUCACAAAUCACCGUGGCUAAUGCGGCAUUUUCGCCGAGUAAGGAGGCGGUUGAGCAUGCUAUCAAGAUAUUGAGGGUGGCGAAGGAGAAUUUUGGGAAAGGGAGGGGAGCGUUUAGGGUUGAUGGGAAAAUGGUGGAUAUGCCUGUUGUUGCAGCGGCGGAGAGGGUUUGGGGGAUGGCGGUUAGGGCUGGAUUAGUGGAGGGGACGGAGAUUCGAUGA